UGUCAUUCUGUGCUGGAGUAGUGUCUCUGAACCUACAACUCACUCUUUACUUUGUAGUUUUAGCUGUCAGAUGUCAAACUUAUUUUGACUUUCAAACAUAUACAUUAGGAGAUCUCUGAAAAUGGUGUCAAUAUUUGUAAAGACUUCAUAAAUAUCAGACAACAAUGUUUCCACCAAAUCUUCCAAUCAAAACACUUGUGUUCCUGGGGCUCUGUCAGUUUGGCCGAAGAGGUCUUGCUUCUGCCCCAGAGCUCAGAGAUCAACCCAAGAAGAUCGCCAUAGUUGGAGCAGGAAUUGGAGGUACCGCUGCUGCCUACUUCCUGCGGCAGGAGUUUGGAGAGAGUGUUAAAAUUGACAUAUUCGAACCAGGAAAGGUUGGGGGCCGUCUAGCCACGGAGAACAUUGCAGGUGACGAAUAUGAGACAGGAGGAUCCAUUAUCCACCCACUGAACCUGCACAUGAAGCACUUUGUGGAUAAGCUAGGGUUGAAUCCACGAAAGGAUGUGCCCUCUAAAAUGGCAAUUUUCGACGGGAAGGAGUUGACGUUUGAGGAGAGUGACUGGUUCGUUGUCAAUAUCUUUCGGAUGCUAUGGCAAUAUGGGUUCAACUUCCUGCGUAUGUACAUGUGGGUGGAGGGAAUUCUGGACAAGUUCAUGAGGAUAUACCAGUACCAGCAGUUUAGCUAUGCCUUCUCGAGUGUUGACAGGCUGUUACAUGCGAUGGGCGGCGAUGCCUUUCUUACCUUAACCAACCAGACCUUGGAAGAAGCCAUGAUGGGGGAGGGCUUCUCUCAGAACUUCCUGAAUGACAUCGUGGCCCCUGUCACACGUGUCAAUUACGGCCAGAGUGUCCGCAUCAAUGGAUUAGUGGGUGCCGUGUCUCUCGCCGGGGCAGACUCAGGGCUAUGGGCAGUGGACGGGGGCAAUAAGAGGGUAUGUUCUGGCCUUCUGUACCACAGCAAAGCCGAGCUCAUUCAGGCACGUGUGACCGCCAUCGCAGUCAAACACAGACCCUCCAAGAGUGGUAACUCUGUUAACCUCUAUGAGGUUAAUUACGUCAGCCAAUCAGGUGCAGCUCAUUCCCUCUAUGACAUUGUCAUCGUGGCCACACCCCUGCACCAGGGCCUAUCAGACAUCGCCUUCCUGGGCUUUUCCCCACCCAUUCCCUCGCACUUCCCUGGCCGCUUCCAUCAAACGAUGGCCACGCUGGUCCACGGCCGGCUCAACGUCUCCUUCCUGGGCUCUGCCGCCGACCCGGCCCACUUCUUCUACUCGGACAUCCUCACCACUGAGCACCAGCGCCUGGACAUCAACAGCCUGAGCUCGCUGGACCCCGUGAGCAUCCCGCCGGGCUACAAGCGGCCGCCGGCCUCGCAGCCCUCCGUCUGGAAGGUGUUCUCACCGCGGCCGCUGACACCGGAGCAGCUGGGCGCCAUGUUCGUGUCGUGGGACGAGGUGUCGGAGACCCGCUGGCUGGCGUACCCGGCAUACAGCCCGCCACACCGCGGCACGCCGCCCUUCGAGCUGCACGAACGCCUCUACUACCUGAACGCCAUAGAGUGGGCGGCCAGCGCCAUGGAGAUGAGCGCCAUCUCUGCCCGCAACCUAGCGCUGCUCGCCCACCACCGCUGGCAUGGUCAGACCGCCAAGGUGGACCAGGAGGACCUCCACACCCGUCUGAGGGGGGAGCUGUAGAGGUGUGGAGUGAAGGGAGGGACAGGCGCAAAGGCACAGCUGGUUGGAGAGGGGGGCGAUGAGGAGACGUGCCCCAGAGCUAACUCUCUUCACCGGUCUUAGUUUACUCGUAAUGCCCACAACUGGCAAAAAUAAAAAAAAAUCCCCAUGACUAUUGGAGUUUAGAGUAGGAAGAUGUUGUGGGAGGGUUAAUUCAGCAAAACUCAAAACAACAAAGGGACAUGAAAAAAAGAUGCUGUUGUUGUCGGACUAAAGUAUACCUUUAAAGGGCUGCCUCACUGUUUGGUUUCGAAAAUAAUUCAUAAUUUAAUCGUCAGGCCAUUGGUCCUGCAGAAAUUAUCAACUACUUUUAAAAUAGUAUCAAACACAAAUGAUUUAAAAGUAAUUAUAAUAUAAUUAUAAUAAUUAUAUUGAUGAUACAAUAAUGUAAAGGCCAGCACAAGUUAGUAAAACAAAAAUCCACCAUGAAAGACUUUGAAACUGCUUAAGAAAACUAUGUGACGCUGUGCGAUUCUGAUACCAUACAACAUUUCUAAAAUCGAACUGUUUUUAAAGUGUAACUCCAGAGUAAAAACAACCUAGCGUCUAUUUAUGAUACUUAACAAUUUCAAACUUUUGAUUGAGAGCAAAAUUAUGUUAAUUGGUGGCGUUUUGAGCAAGACUGUUUAUUUGCAUUAUCACUGAAUGGGCUUACAGUGAUGCUAACAGGGCAAGGUGGCAAGUUGCUAUUUUACACCACUAGCAAUGCUUAAAAUAUAAUUACACUUCUGUGGUAGUGUGGUGAGGGUUUCUACAGACAAACCGAAGUAUUGUAAACUUUCAAAGUGAACAGAGAGGUUAUAACAAUGCAUGGAUCUGUAGGAAUAAAAUCCCAUGGAUUCCUGGUCUGGUAUUGUCAAAUCAGCGGGCGCGUUCAAUCGAAUCAGCGCUGCGCAGAUCUCGUAAGACAUGUUCGUAUUAAAAGCGCUAGAUCUGCACAGUGCUGCAAGGCCGAACCCGCCCGUCAAUUUGACGAUACCAGAACAGGAAGUCAUGGAUUUUUUCUACAGAUACAGGUCUUGUUAUAACAUAUACAAUACUUCGGUUUGUUUGUAGAAACCCUCACCACGCUACCACACUACCACAGAAGUGUAAUUCUAUUUUAAGCAUUGCUAGUGGUAUAAAAUAGGGUGUGGCACCUUGCCCUGUUAGCAACACCGUAAGUCCAUGACCCAUGAAACAUGAAAUUCAUACAACAUAUGACAUACACCAGGGAUUGGAGGACACAUUUCACAAACAUUACCUAAUAAUAGACCACAAAGGUGACCACCUACCCACUUAUAUUAUAUUUAUUUUCAUAAAAAAUAUGUUCUUUAUCUUAAAGAAGCUUUUAACGUGUUUCAAGGUGGAUUUGUUACUAAUUUGUUUUCACGUAGAUCUCCAUUUCUCAAGGUCUCCGAGUACUGUCAAUACGAAAAAACACGAAAACAAUGUUUUUUUACCUAGCUGGAGUUGCUACAGCCAGGCAGCUACAGCACUACACUGGGGGCAUGUACAUGAGAGCUCACGGACAUGCCCCGAGAGUGUAGCUGCUGGCUGUAGCAAUUCGAGCUAGGUUAAACCUAUUGUUUUCAGGUUUUUUUCACACUGACCAUAUUCGGUGAUCUUGAGAACCUCCAGACAGAACAACACUGUGCUGAUUGUGUCACGGCAGUGUUCGAGUUCUUGAAUUGAGCUCAUAAUGUACUGUAUUCUGACAUGCACUUUGGGAGAGCAAAUGAGCAAUAGGAAGACCAAGGUGGUGUGAUUCUUUUGGGAACAUCUGUGUAACCAGAUAAGCCAUUGACACCAUUGGUCAUUGCUUUUCAAAACUGCUGACAAAACCGCAAAACUGCAAGCGAAUAAGGAAGUUCUGAAAACCACUUGAUAGAUACUAUAAGAAAUGUCUCAGGUCUCUGAUGCCACCUCAGAUGUCUUUGAUAUGCUUGUUAGUCUGUCUGUGUUAUAAGCACAGCAACAGAGGCACAUUAGUUCAGCAAUAACUUUUUAAAAUACAUCAAAUGGCAGGAUUUUAUGUGCACAGUUUUUCUGAAAGCUCAAGUGACAAAUACAAAUGGGCCUAAUAUGUUAUAUGUUUAGAUACGCUUUCUAAGAAGUCCUCUGUUAGUGGGAUACAUGUAGACAGAAACCUGCUGCCUGUAGAAGGUGAAUUUUCUGGAUAGCCUCUGUGUCUUCAGUGUCUUGUGAUUAGCUGCUAAUGUCAAAUAAUCAUUAACAGUUAUGUAAAAGUAGUUUACAGAUUUUUUUAUACAGUACAAUCAGCUUGUCUCUGAGUGCUUCUGUGCUUCUCAUAAGUCAACAUCUGGUGGCUUCCUUCUGGUCGUUGCUAAAUAAUGACCAGUAAUGAGUCACUGUAUCUUUGACGAAAAAAAUUACGUGAAUUGAAAUUUGCUUCGUCGAUAUUAGUAGUGUUAUGUAUUGCACCUUUAAAAUCAAGGUAGGCCUACUGCUAGAUUUUUAAUUACUAUGCUUUUUUAGUGAGCCACUUGCAAUAACCUGUCAUUCCCAAAGUGCCUUUAAUGCUUUUUUAGCAAUAAGAAAAAUAAAAUAGGGACUGUUUGUAAAGAUGAUGUGUGUUGCUGUGUAAACAGGGCCAAACUGAGAUGUGAGUUUUCAUGGGAAAUACUGAACUGUAACCAGGCUCCUAUUUGAUACUGUAACUGAAGCAGACAGAGAGACCCCUUGGAGACCCCUAGGAGUACAGUAUAGUGUGGUGCAAGUACACUAAGACCACCAGGAUCCCGAUAUUUCCUAAAGUUAAGAUCGGCAAAAGACCUUUAUUCAAUUAGUUUAAAGUAGCCUGGGUGAUCCCACAUGAACCAGUGAGCAAAUUUGAAUUUGAUCUGCAGGUUGGUCUGGAUAGGAGCCCGUUGACGUCUGUUCCCGAAUAACCCAGGAAUGUGUAUUUUCUUUGGAAUUGAGUGAACAACUGCAUUUAAAACCUUUAUUUACGAGACAGAUAAGUUUGCUGCACUUCUGAAACGAUUUGGUGAGACUUUAAUGCACACAUUUAAGUUGAAUUUCACUUAUGGUUAUGCCUGUGGAAGCAGAGAAAGGCAAGUUCGGAAACGGGGGUCAAUGGGCUCCUUUCCAGACAGAUAGGCAGAGCAAAUUCAAAUUUACUAACCAGUUAAUCUGGGUUCACCCAGGCUACUUUUAACUUAUUGAAUUAAGCUCUUUUGCCGAUCUUAACUUUAGGAAAUAUCGGGAUCCUGGUGGUCUUAGUGUACUUGCACCACGCUAUACUGUACUCCUGUUUACUAACAGUUUCGUCUGGGUUCACCCUGGUUGUGAGACGACACCUGCUGCUGAGCGUUGUCUCGCCACCGUGGUCUCUGUACUUCCUCUUCCUGGAGGCUGAUGGAACGCAGUUUAAGGUGUUCCCGGUUCCUGAUGCUAUGUAGACCAAAUAGAACGAAUAACCCAAGCCCAUAGGUUAGUGUAAGGUACAUUAGGGUGUAUUAUAUUCCUCUCCUGUGCCUUUUAAGUCUUGGAAAAUCAAUAACUAUAGAAUUAUGCUGGAGUUUGUGUGAUGCCAUUGUUGACAUUUCUUCCUGUGUUUCUUUCUUUGUUUAAAAAAAGAAUAGAAUUCUGUCUGACUUACUAAGUUUUAUUUUUUUCUGUGUCAACUGUAAUAUGAACAUGCACCUCUUGAAUUGGUAUUUGGAAUUUGAAACCAUCAAUCAUGAUGAACACUGACCUACUGUUUCAGUGAGUAGAAGGAAGAAGUCAGGCGCAGAAUGGACUGAAUGCAAUUAAAAAGAAAAAAAAAAAAAAAAAAAAUGCAAUAUAUACUUUGUGCUUGUUGACAAAACGUCUAAAUGAAGAAUUAAUGAGUUGAACAAUUAAUAAAAUGGUUUAAGGAGGACACGUCUAACAGAGGGUCUGGUCAUAAUUUAACUUACUCAGAUUGUUCAGGGACCUUCAUUGUUAAAUUGUUAAAUCAGUUAAUUUGAAGAAACAACAAUAAAUCUUGUUUUAUGUUUUAUACAAAUGUUUUUUUUUGUGAGAAUGAAGGCACAGUUCCUGUUCUGCUAUUGGUCGUUUUGUCUCUGUGAAGAUACUGGGAGUAACAUCUGUUUUCUUUGGUGAACAGUGGGCUGUGUUUACACGGCAGGCCGACUGGAUCUGAAAAUACCGCUUUCCAUGUGCUUUUGUACUGUUUGCACUGACACCACUAUGUCCAUAUACCAGUGCGGUACUGUAGACUGCAUCUGAUCUAUGCCACUUAGGUGCAAAAAAAUAGGUGUUUGAUCGUAUACUAUGCAGUGUUAACACAAGAGACCACUUCAGUGUACUGAGGGUCACUUGAACUGGAUGUGAUUAAGUUGACAGUGAGGUCUUUGUUUAUGAUGUCAAUAAACCAGUAAAAUAUUGGAAAA